CUGCUCUUUGAGACUGGAAUGAAUUGACCUACGGGUCCUCAAUCAUCGAUUAAUGAGAAAUUUACAAGGUGAACCAGCUUGCCCCGCCUUCGAAAAUAGUUUUGAGUGAAUUAACCGGCGGCAAAGUCCUUUUGUUCUCCAUUCCCGCUGAACACCUUCUGCCUUCUGGCUCCUUGCUCAUUGUAGGAGUAAACAAGAUCAAAUUAAAGCGUGAAGCAACUCUAUCGUAUCGAAAUGAAUCGGCAAUCUCUCUUCCACUUACUUACCCAUCUGCCCUCUUCUUCUUGGUAUUGUAUUGUUGUAGGUAGUCCCAAUAAAUCGACCAUUAUCUCAAGCCAAGUGCGAGCAUUCAAGAUCCCGCUUGGACAAGGAUAUUUCCCUUGCUUCCUAGUUCUCCUCCUUCCUUCUUUUCUUUACAACCUUUAUUUUUUCAUGAUGCGUCUUUUCAAGUGUGUUUCGGACGAGUACUCGAUCCUAUAAUCGCUCGUUGAUGUUGCCUCUCCAUAUUCAAUUUCGCAAUAAACGAUAACUGGUAUUUAAGACUUGUGAUCUAUCGCGGAUAAGAGUAAGAGGCUCGCGUCUCAUUUUGAAUGAAUCUUCAUACCCUGCCUGGUAAACGUCCAGAACUCGCGAGGGGCAAGCCAGACGAAAAGGGGGCGAACUUUAAAAUUGAACGUCCGAUAAAAGUUUUGAACAAAAAGCAGCUGUUUCCGGUCGCCCUCCUCGCUCGCUUUUCACGAGACUGCUCCCUCCCUCCCUCCUUCUUUUACAAAGCCCAAUCUCUCGCUCCUCUUGAGGAUUGAAGCCGGGGAGCGCACGCCUUGUUUGGAGAGCUUGGCAAAGGAAAUCGUCGAAAGAUCAGUUCCCCGUGACAGUUCAAGUGGGACGGACGUGAGUCAUUACUUCGGAUAAUUGUCUAAAUACAAGUGAGAGUGAGUGUCCAAUUAGCUUGUUCACGAUGAUGUCCCCGUCGUACUCAUUGCCUUGGUCAUGUGCCAAUCAAGAGGAUUCGGCUUUCCAUGAGCCCGAAUACUCGAACGAGUAUUCCAAUCCGGAAUCCUAUCAUUCAUACAACCAUGGAUCCGAGUCAUGUCAAAGCUCACCAUGUCCGGAUUACGAGGAGGUUGACCCACAAUUCUUGAAGAAGACCAAAGGACUGGUGUACAAUUUGGCAUCAGAGGGCAUCUUUCAGUGCCAGAAGAACAAGGACGGCACAGGGAUCAACUUGGACAAUGAUCCCAUUACCAAAGAAAAAAUCAUGCAAUCCAUGAUCUACUGCAUUCACAAGGACGAGGGCUGCAAGUGGAGCGGUCAGCUCAGCAAGCUCAAGGGUCAUUUGAACACCUGCCAGAAGGAUGCAGUGGCGUGCUUGAACCAAUGUGGUGCCAAGAUCGCCCGAAUGAUGAUGGAGGACCACAUGUUGUACACCUGUACCAAACGCCUCGUUCCCUGUCAGUACUGUCGCAAGGACUUCACGGGAGCCACCAUCGAUGACCAUCAGACCCAAUGUGGAUUUGAACCCGUGCACUGUGAGAACAAGUGCGGUCAGAAGAUCCAGCGCAAUCGCCUCAAAGCCCACCAAGUGAACACCUGUUCCAAACGCCUAGUCACAUGCCAGUAUUGCACCCGAAGCUUCACGGCCGACACGCUCCAGAGCCAUCACAAGAAAUGCCACUUGUUCCCCGUACCUUGUCCGAAUCGGUGCCACGUGGGAACCCUGUCCAGAGAGGACAUCGAACCCCAUCUGGCUCAAGAGUGUGAAGCUAUUGUACUCCAGGCGUGCCAGUUCCGAGAGGCUGGCUGCAAUUUCCGUGGCUCGCGCUCCACUUUGGACCAACAUUACCACGAGUCCACCCAAGUUCACCUGGAUCUCAUGUGCAGCCUGGUUCACAAGCAGCAAGCCCACAUCAGCCAGCUCACCACCCAAUUGGAACGUGCUCACACCAACUACAACGGUGUCCUGCUUUGGAAGAUCAAGGACCUCCGUGCCAAGUUGGAUGAGGCCAAAUCGAGUGAGGGUCUUGAGCUCGUAUCCAUGCCUUUCUACACAUCGCAAUGCGGAUACAAGCUGCAAGCAUCACUAUUCCUCAACGGCAAUGGCGGUGGAGAGGCCUCUCACAUGUCCGUGUACAUAAAGAUCCUCCCCGGAGAGUUCGACUCCAUUCUCAAGUGGCCUUUCAAGCACACCGUGAGUUUCUCGUUACUCGACCAGAACGAGGAUCGCAAGCAGGCGUGCAACAUCGUAGAAUCCUUCAUUCCCGACCCCAGUUGGCCCAACUUUCAACGUCCCAGUCGCCAACCGGAUCAGCUUGGCUUCGGGUUCCCCAAAUUCGUGCCCCACGACAUGAUGGAAUCUCGGGAUUACAUCAAGGACGACUCUCUGUAUAUCAAGAUCAGAGUGGACCCGAGCCGGAAUGUGGCAGUCUAACCUUCAGCACUGCCGCUUGCUGCCCCAAAGAUCCUAGUCUGUUUUCUAUUUAAAUCUCAUCUCAACCAUGUAUAUCAGAUCUCCCUAGCAAAUACACCAAAUAUUACAGUCCACGUCA